AUGUCGGCUCGCGAGGCAUUAAGUUAUUGUCCGCACCGCGGCGAGGUCGAGAGGACCAGUUCCCGGCGUGGACCAGCAGCGCGGCGUGGACCAGCAGCGCGGCGCGGACCAGCAGCGCGGCGCGGACGUAAGGUAAGGAGGGCGGGGAAGCCCGGGAGAGAGUCAGCGCCCGCGAGCGGCCAGGGAAGCGCCGGAGGAACUGGGCGCAGAGGGCGGCGGCGCGUCCCCGCGCAUCCUGCGGCUCCGGCUCCUCCGAAGGCGGGGGUACCGCGGCCCCAACCGCAGCCCUGGGGACGACAAAAAUCUCCUGUCAAAGGAUACAAGAGGCAAGAAAAGGGAGGGACGAGAGCUCUAGGCCGUCCCCGUACUUGGAAGCCCCUAGAAGCUCUGCAGCCGCCUCCACCCACGCCCGCCUGGAGCGCUGCAGCCACGCACCGGCCUCCUCUCCGCCUCCGGGGUCCCCAGCGGACGCGCACUUCCAGCUCCGACCCCACCCCGCAGCCCCCGGUCCGGUCCGCCGACCGGGGAGCACUCGGCUGUUCCUUUGUGUCAGGGGUACCCACGACGUCCCGGCCCCACUGCAGGGGCAGUGGCGAGGGUCGUCACUCAGUCGGCUACCUCCACCUCCACGUUCCCAACCCGCGGGCACCGAGAAGCCCGAAAAGGGUCGGAAAGGGCUUCGGGCUCCUUACCGCGACCGGCGAGUGGAGGUCAGCUCGUCGCGGGGCGCAGCUCCCGUCUGAGGAUCCCCGAGUUCAUCACGGGGCUACGUGAGCCAAGUUGACGCUUUCCCUCCGAGAACCCCCUGCCCGGGCGGCGGAGUGCUGCUUCCCCGGGAGAUUCAGAGAAGCGGGCAGUCGGGGGACUUGCGGGCGGAGGAGCGGCCGCCCCGGCUGGGAACGCGGCCGGCGGGCUGGUGGGGUUUGCCUGGGCGCGCCAGGCCGCAGCGGCUCCCGGGAAAGUUCUCUUGGCGGCGCAAGGGAUGGCGCCCCGGGCGGGAGUAGCCCAGGUGCAGCUGGGCCGGGCCCGGGCGUCUACAAAAGGCCCUGGAGCGAAGUGGGGACCCAGUGGCCGGGAAGGGGGCGCCCCUUCUGGGCGGGGUCUCGGCCGGGGAUGGAGGGUGGAGCGGAGGUGGUCAAAUGGCGAGGUGCGGAGAGGUCCGCACAGGAACCUGCGCGACGCAGGAGCGGGUCCGCCUAGCCGUCGCAGGCCCUGGCCCGGCUCGCUGUAUGGGUUUCCCGGGGAGACCUGGAGGCUUGCUCUAGGAAGGCAGGCGCAGCGAGGGUCGGACCCCGGCUUUCCGCGCUCCCAGUCCCACGCCCUCCGCGGGACCGGCUGUGUCCAGGAUUGGCGGGCACAAUAGCUCUGAGGCUGCAGUGCCCCCUGGUGGGAACUCGUGUCCGUGCACAAGCUACCGAGGCUGAGCAGCGGGUGAGGCAAGGCCCCCACUGGCCUUCGGAGCAGGUGCAGUUUGUGCACUUCAGCUGGGAACCAGGAGCAAGUUAAUGCAAGUGAAAUAGGAGACACAAGGGGAGGACGCGGGCCGGGGAGGACGCGGGCCAGGGUGGACGGUAGGCCUCCCAGAAAUCUUCUCUACUUUACAUUGAGUAUUAGAAAGAGCGAGAGUUUGGGUAUCAGACGGUUUUGAGCUCUCUCCUUUACCACUUUUAAACUACGGAGCCCAAGUGCGAAAAAUUUGCUUAAAGCCUAGGACGCUACUACUUAAAAAAAAAAAAAAAAAAACACCUGGCAUCCACAGCACGGUAGAAUUAUAGAAUGGAAAUGCACAAUGCAACUUUAGAAGGAAUUUCCUCCCAUAGUGGUUUGCCACAAAGGACCUUCUGUAGAAAGCCUCCUUCCCUGUUGUCUCAGCCCCAUCUAAACAUAAAUUAGCACAACCCCCAAAGCGUGAUAAACCCACUAUGUUUGGUAUGAACUUUACCUAAAGCUAAGAAUCAAACCCUGCUUUAUCUUUCAAACUUACCGUGAAAUUGAAGCAGGUUUCGAAAUUCUAACCAAAUUCUGUGUCCAACUUUGGGUUGCACUGGCAAAGUUUUGCCUCCCGUGAGCUGACAUCUUAUUAUUCUAGAUUUUAGUGUCUUUACUUGGGGAAGCUUUUCUUUUCUGUAAUAUAAUUCCUCACACAAAUUACCAAAUGUGACUGAAAGAUUGCAUAACAGAUUUUCAUUCUUUACCACAAUAUCCAAUAGAGCCACCUAAGCUUACAAAAACAAAAGAUAAGGCCCAAGUGUAAUCAUUUGCUUGCCAGUUUUGAGUUUUGCUGCCCCCUGUUUUAUGUUCUUUGAUUUUGUGAUUUUGUUUCGCUUUACCUCCAAUGGUAAUGGAAAGGCUGGGGGUUUGGGGUGGGGCAGGGAUUCUGUUCUAGGCUCCUCACAAGGGAAAGUACAAAGCCAUGGAGUCCUAUACA